AUGGUACUCACUCGCGCAAUGCGGAAGCAACUAGCAGCCACUCAGACCACAAACAUGGAAACGACAGUCAGUAAUGAGACGACAUUAACGCAUUCAAGGCGUUCGCGUAUUGCGCACUCUGGAAACGGCCUGCGGUCAAUGGCCAGAGAGGACACCGCCGUCCAUAACAAUGCGGCGGAAGGCUCCGCCAACGUCCGCACCAAUGCUUUCAGCACCAGCACGGAAAGCGCCGGUGCUUUUCCACCGAACAUCGUUAUAGAGGACCAGUCCUCUAACAACCAAACUGUACAAGCUGCGCAUGUCGUCGAAACGAAACGUAAAAGAAAUGCCGAGGUCCUUGAUAGCCAGCCACAGGCCUCGGGAUCUUCCACCAAAGGCUCACAAGAUCCUUGCGAAGACCUUCCGAACGCCUCCUUCGCACCUCCUCCCAAGCCGAAGUCUCGCAAGAGACGCGGAAAUGGGUGGACCCGCAAAAAAACCAGAAGGGGAGCUACCCAAGGUCGUGCUGUCCGGGUAGGCGGCAAACGCCCAGUCGAGUGCGUGGAUGGCGAAGAAGACGAGGCAAGGCCGAUGAAGAGGCCGCGUAUUAGUGAGGAGGCCGCGGCGGGGCCAUCCAACGCACGUUCAAUAUCGUUAGACAACACGAUUGGUGCGACCAACAUCCGUCAGCUGCGAUCACGCAGCAUCGUCUCUCCCGCAGGUCCCGCCAACUCGGGAAGCGACGAGGGAAACAGGACUACGACAUCGCCAUCUCCAGAUCGGGCAUCAGAACAACCGAGUUUAGGAGAUCCGCUAGCUAAUGGGGUAGACUUCACACUCAUUAAACUGGAGGAUGAAGAGGAGGAUUACCUCUGGGAUACACACCCGGUAUGGGAUUGGAGUCCAGUGAUGCCAGAAUAUGAACUGGCGACCGAGGACACGUUCCCGUUUGACAGUAACCGGAGUACACCGGAGUUGAUGACCGGAGACGACAGGUCGCACAGGGAUAAAAGCGUGUCGGUCGGUUCGACACCGAUUCAGACACCACGUGCACAGUCCGUAGACGACCAAUCCUUCGACAGGUCCCUUGUAAUUGUCCUUCCGGGAAUGAUGGAGGAAGCGGCAGCACCGGAUGAGUUGAUGGUCAUUCGGGAUGAGGACGAGGACGAGGACGAGGACGAAGACGAUGUUUCGGGUUCCUUCAUCCCUGGCGACAGAAGAAGGUCGAGAGCUCCCAGCCCUCCGUCUCUUCCUCCAUCCCACCCCGUCUCACCUCACACAACUCUACAGCAUGGCGAGGAGACAGACCUUGCUAGUCAGACUAUGAAGAUGCGUACCAUCAAGAGAUCACCCCACACCUCCAUUACGGUGGUGAAUCGCAAAACGGACCCGCUCAUGUUCUUGGCUCCCUGUGCUUGUCUUCUUGUUGGUGCGAUGGCACCAACGCGUCCAUGGACUUCGGUCAUCUCUUCCGGAGUGCAUAUCAGCAGCUCGUUAGUGUCCUCCGAUGCAGCGACGUAUCAAGGAACUGCAGAAUUGGGUAUCUGCACAACGUCAGCGAUAGCCCUUCGUCACUUUCAGCAUCCACGUUCCGACCUAUUUGUCUCCACUUUCCGCUGUCUUGCUUCCACGACCGCACCACUAGCUCCUUCCUCCUUCCUCGUCCUUCUGCCAGCAGUUCAUAUCCUCGACCUGCUCUCACUCUCGAUUGAGGAUGAGUGCCAGAUUUUGCAGGAAUCCAAACCACGCCGAACCUUCGUCAAGUCACAAGUACUCACUUUGCUAGCGCUCGUAUUGGGCCAGUUGAAGACAAAAACGAAUAAAACUCGUAGCAUCUCGUCGAGGAGGCUGCUCGGAAACAUCCAUGGUAUAUACACUCAGGUCGAUUCCUAUGAUAUAUGGGACACUUCUCAUGAUGCUCGCACUUUAAAAAGCAGCGGAGUACUGGAAGAUGUCGGCCGGUUUCAAAGGAUUCCGGCUUGUCCGAGUUCUCAUUCAGGAUCAAGCAAUGGCGCUAACGUGCUCGAAUCUAAGAACCAUAGAACUCAAGUUCCGGAUCAACAGCAAGUUUCUGGCGGCCUUCAUCAAGCAAGCUGGAAACCCGUUGUUUUUGAGCAUAUCGGGAAGCCGGAUGUUGAUCAACUUGGAGGAGGCCGGAAACCAGGGCUGCCAUUGAGUCUCGAAGAAGCUGUUCGUACUAAGUACUAUGCAAAUGACGGAGUCCGACGACCCGAAUUCAUCGCGCUCAUACCAGAAUGCGCGAGGAAUAACCCCGCGCUUAAUCGCCGUUUCUUCCGGUCAUCAAAAUGGUUUAUAUGCUCUGAAAUUACUUUGAAUAUCCUUUGGCCCGUUCGUCGUUGUCCUAUCCCUAGCCUCACACCAAUGAGCAGGCUUAUUCGAAUCCUUUCCCUAUCUCUGCCUAUAGUUGCCCUAGCAUCAUCACCAUUGCACAGGCAUGCAUUUGGAGUCACUACGGAUGCCAGCUCUGCGAAUGGUCAAACUUUUGACUACAUUAUCGUCGGAGGUGGACUCGCAGGGCUCACUGUUGCUGGACGUCUCUCUGAGGACUCCGCGAAACCCGUGCUCGUCAUUGAAGCUGGGGACGACGACCGAACAAACAAGAGGCUGCCAUUGAGUCUCGAAGAAGCUGUUCGUACUAAGUACUAUGCAAAUGACGGAGUCCGACGACCCGAAUUCAUCGCGCUCAUACCAGAAUGCGCGAGGAAUAACCCCGCGCUUAAUCGCCGUUUCUUCCGGUCAUCAAAAUGGUUUAUAUGCUCUGAAAUUACUUUGAAUAUCCUUUGGCCCGUUCGUCGUUGUCCUAUCCCUAGCCUCACACCAAUGAGCAGGCUUAUUCGAAUCCUUUCCCUAUCUCUGCCUAUAGUUGCCCUAGCAUCAUCACCAUUGCACAGGCAUGCAUUUGGAGUCACUACGGAUGCCAGCUCUGCGAAUGGUCAAACUUUUGACUACAUUAUCGUCGGAGGUGGACUCGCAGGGCUCACUGUUGCUGGACGUCUCUCUGAGGACUCCGCGAAACCCGUGCUCGUCAUUGAAGCUGGGGACGACGACCGAACAAACAAGAGUGUAUAUGACGUUACACAAUAUGGGGCUGCAUUUGGUUCAAGCCUGACAUGGACUUGGGAAACGGACUUGGGUAGGGGCAUCUUAGGCGGGCGAACUCUAGGAGGGAGUAGCUCUAUUAAUGGGGCCGUAUGGACUCGGGGUAUGAAGGAACAAUACGACGCAUUCGCGCAGCUUCUGGGCGAAGAAGACGCGAGCUUGAACUGGAACUUCGACUCCUUGUUUGAAUAUAUGAAGAAGUUCCAUGGCUUUGUAGGGCCUGUUCAUGCUGCUUUCCCGCAAGCCAUGUUUGGAGGUCCUCAACAACCUGCAUUUGUCGAUGCUCUUUGUCCGGACGUGAAUGGUGGAAAUAUCAAUUGUGUGAGCUACACGCCUAAUUCGGUAAAUCCGAAAGAUUAUGAUCACCGCUGCUCCUCCGCCACGGCGCAUCUCUCGCCAGUUGAAAAUGAGCGAACGAAUUGGAUAACUCUCAUUAAUCACCAGGUGACCAACGUGAUCCUUUCCGGAUCAGUGCCGAACGUGACUGCUACGGGCGUGCAUUUCAAGAAGUCUGAUAACACUGGCGACGUUUUUACGGCAAAUGCACGUUCGGAUAUCAUACUCUCAGCUGGUACAAUUGGUACACCGCAAUUGCUUCAGAUAUCCGGUAUUGGCGACCCGUCUGUCUUGAGUCCACUCGGCGUCGAAGUCAGGGUGAAUCUUUCGACUGUCGGCAAAAACCUCAUGGAGCGAACAAAGAGUAACCUUGGACAGUCCACUCAGCCUACAUUCGACAAGGACGGGCUUGGUCCGUCCGAUUGUAUCGCCUACCCAUCGCUAAAAGAACUCUCCGAAAAUGCCGGUUCAAAUGGGAGCGUGACAGGGAACGAGAUAGCAGACUAUAUCAUGAGCUCAUAUGAAUCGGGGGCGGAGAGUCAGGCGGAAUAUGGGUUAAAUGCAGACGCUCUUAAGACAAUAUUCGGCAUGCAAGCCGGAUUGAUCGUUAAUACCAGUGCGCCCGUUGCUGAGCUUCUGUUCUUCACCGAUGGCGACACUGGUCUUGGUAUCAGCAUGUGGCAGCUUGUUCCUUUCAGCCGCGGAAGGGUCACAAUUAACGACACAAGCAUCUUCUCAAAACCAGCUAUAACCACUGCGGCAACUCGCCUAUCCCGCAAAGUCCUUAACUAUACUUCGUUUGAUGCAAUCACAUCCGGCGAAAUAGUGCCUGGGCUUGGUGUAGUACCAAAUGAUGGGAACGGUGGAGCGGACGACGCAUGGGUCGCUUGGAUUCAAGCUCCGGCACCCAACGGGUUUUCUGCAGUUUGGCACGAGAUAGGUACGGCGGCGAUGAUGCGACGUGAUUUGGGCGGUGUCGUAGACGGAAAGUUACGCGUAUAUGACACAAAGAACCUACGAGUUGUCGAUGCGAGCGUACUUCCUCUUCACGUCAGUGCACACUUGAGUAGCACCCUGUAUGGAGUUGCGGAGAAGGCAGCGGACAUUAUCAAGUUCGGCGUGUAA